AUGCAAAUAAAACAUUGAUUAUCUAAAUAUCAAUUAAAUUUGGUGAGUUACAGAAUCAGACUGCAACAUUAUCUUUGACCGGUUAAUUAAAGAAUUGAAUAAAUAAAUAAGCAUUACUACUAUGGCAACGUAUAAACAGACGGUUAAAAAGACCCGCCUUUUUCUCUUUUCAAGUUGCGUUCCAAUCUCUGUAAUAGGAUCAGAACAUUGCAAUUGAGCAUCUGACUCACUCACUGAUUCUCUUUUCAGAACCCUAAUUAUGCACCUCUAACUCUUCCUACUUCAGAUGUAUUAUCUGUCUCUCUCUCUCUGUUUUUCUUUUGCGUGUAUUGAUUUGAGUUUUUGUUAGAUUUUAAAUUUUUGAUUUGCAUUGGAAUUCAUUUCUUCGUUUUAUAGAGCUGUUGUAUUUAUUUCUGUUAGUUCAAUCUGCAAAAUUUAUGAUCUGAGAAGAAAAGGAAGGUUUUUAUUGAUCGAUUGAUUGAAUUAUGGCUUCUCCUAUGCCUAGAGGGCCACCUAAUAAUAGACCUGGCUAUAAUAAUCAACAAACACCACCACCAUCACCACCUAAUCACAAUCCCAAUUCUAAGUCAUUAGCUGAUAAUGUGCGUAAUUUGAGUCUAAAUCGGCCUUCUUCCUUGCCUAGGCCUCCCCCCUUCGCCCAACCACCGCCUCUUUUUUCACCGACUGGACCUGUACCUCUUUCACCCCAGCCAAUGCCUCACUUUGGCCCCCCAUCACCUGGUGCACUUUCGAGACAUACAAUGCGUCCCUCACCACCCCCAUCACCUGGUCCACAUGCCAGACCUGUUUUCUCUCCCUCACCACCCCCAUCGCCGGGUCCAUAUGCCAGACUUGCAGUCUCUCCCUCACCACCGCCAUCACCUGGUCUACUUGCAAGACCUACAGUACCUUCCUCACCAUCCACAUCACCUGGUCCACAUGCAAGACCUGCAGUGCUUCCCUCACCACCCCCAUCACCUACAUUGCCUCCAAAUGUUGCCCUGGGAAGGCCUUCUGCUCCUGUUAUUAGUCAGCCUCAGCCACCUUCUUCCUUUGGGUCUAGGCCACCAUCACCUUCUGGUUCUUUGCCCGUGGGCAGUCCAGUGGUUGUUCCUCCUUCGAGUGGUUCAGCUGUUCUACCUACGCCAGGUCCGCCGAGUCAUUUUGCUUCAUCUCGGCCUUUGAGCGUCGGUCCAUCUUUAGCUUCUUUUACCAAUCCAAUGAAUAAUGACCCACCAUUCACUUCAGCUCCCAGAUUUUAUCCACCUGGUAGUGCUAGACAGCCAGUCAUGGGAUCUCUACCGCCUACAGGUUUAGCUUAUACCCCUCAGCCUCCAAGUAUGGGAUCUUUUCUGGGUGGUUCAGCGAUUGAUGUUUCAUCAGCUCCUCCCAUGCAGUUACCUUCUCCUUUCCAAGCUGGAUCCUUGGAGUUCUCAUCCACUCCAGGUCCUCCCUCAGGAGUGCAGACAUGGACGGUGCAACCUCAACAGGUUGCUCCACCUCCGCAGGUGCCUGGUUCUGUGCAGCCGCCAAGAAUGUCUGGAAUGGCUCCACCACUACCCCAUCAAUCUAUGACUACCAUAUCACCUGUGAUGGGUCAAUCUGGAUCCUCUUUGGCAGGGGUGUCAAAGAUUGAUCCCAAUCAAAUUCCAAGACCCAUUCCAAGUUCCGCUUCCGCUAUAGUAGUGCAUGAAACACGUCAGGGGAAUCAGGCUAACUCUCCUCCGGCUGCUACAAGUGAAUAUAUUGUCAAAGACACUGGUAAUUGCAGUCCACGAUACAUGAGGUGUACAAUCAAUCAGAUUCCCUGCACUGUUGAAUUUUUAAAUACAUCAGCAAUGCAAUUUGCUUUGUUGGUCCAACCUUUGGCCCUUCCUCAUCCAGCUGAGGAGCCUGUACAAGUUGUUGAUUUUGGGGAAAGUGGUCCUGUUCGGUGUUCUCGUUGCAAAGGUUACAUAAAUCCUUUAAUGAGGUUCAUUGAUCAGGGAAGGCGGUUUAUCUGCAACUUAUGUGGGUUCUCUGAUGAGACUCCCCAUGACUAUCACUGUCAUCUUGGUCCAGAUGGUCGGCGCAGAGAUGCAGAUGAAAGGCCUGAACUAUGUCGAGGAACGGUUGAAUUUGUCGCUACAAAGGAAUAUAUGGUGCGUGAACCAAUGCCAGCCAUGUAUUUUUUCCUAGUUGAUGUAUCCAUGAACGCCAUUCAGACUGGUGCAGUGGCUGCAGCUUGCAGUGCAAUCAGUCAAGUUGUUUCUGAUCUUCCGGAAGGUCCUCAAACAAUGGUGGGAAUUGCAACAUUUGACUCAACAAUCCACUUUUACAGUUUAAAACGUGCAUUACAGCAGCCAUUGAUGCUUAUCAUACCUGAUGUGGAAGAUGUUUAUACCCCUCUACAAAGUGAUGUUAUUGUUCAGCUUUCUGAGUGUCGCCAACAUUUAGCACUGUUGUUGGAAACCAUCCCAACCAUGUUUCAGAGUACUAAGAUUUCUGAUUCAGCAUUUGGUGCAGCAAUCAUGGCGGCUUUCUUGACCAUGAAGAGCAGUGGAGGGAAGCUUUUGGUAUUUCAAUCAGUUUUGCCAUCACUUGGAAUUGGGUCCCUUUCUUCCAGGGACGCUGAAGGGAGAACUAACAUCUCAUCAGGGGAGAAGGAGGCCAAUAUAUUGUUGCAACCGGCAGACAAAAGUCUUAAAACAAUGGCAAUAGAGUUUGCUGAAGCUCAGGUUUGUGUUGAUGUCUUCCUUACAACUCAAACUUAUGUGGACAUAACUUCAAUCGCUGUCAUUCCAAGAACUACUGGUGGACAGGUCUAUUACUAUUACCCAUUCUCAGCUCUUUCUGACCCUGCCAAGCUUUACAAUGAUCUAAGAUGGAAUAUCACUAGGCCUCAAGGUUUUGAGGCUGUCAUGCGUGUGAGAUGCAGUCAGGGUAUUCAAGUACAAGAGUACUCUGGAAAUUUCUGCAAACGUGUACCAACAGACAUUGAUCUACCUGCGAUUGAUUGUGACAAAACAAUAAUGGUUACCUUGAAGCAUGAUGACAAAUUGCAGGAUGGCUCAGAAUGUGCUUUUCAGUGUGCCCUUCUUUACACCACUAUUUAUGGCCAGAGAAGAAUUCGUGUUAUGAAUUUGUCAUUGCCGUGCACGAACAUGCUCAGUAACUUGUUCCGUACAGCCGACUUGGAUACCCAGUUUGCAUGUUUCUUGAAGCAAGUGGCAAGUAGAAUACGUUCCGACGCAGCAGUAAUUGUCAGGGAGCAAGUGAUGGAAAUGUGUAUCAACGUUCUGCUUUCAUAUCGUAAAUUUUGUGCUACUGUAUCAUCAACUGGGCAACUUAUUCUUCCAGAGGCACUUAAGCUGUUGCCUUUAUACACCCUUGCGUUAAUGAAAAGUUCAGCACUGCGAACUGAUGGGAAAAUAGAUGAUCGAUCUUUCUGGAUAAAUCACAUUUCCUCUCUCUCUACUCCUUUGGCAAUUCCACUUGUUUACCCCAGGAUGGUGCCCAUCCAUGAUAAUUCAAAGGAAAUAGGAGAAUCAACUGUGCCUACUUCUAUCCCUCUUUCCAGUGAACAAAUCAAAGAUGAUGGAAUCUAUCUUCUUGAGAAUGGUGAAGAUGCUUUGAUCUAUGUUGGGAACAUGGUGGAUCCAGAUAUCUUGAAGCAGCUCUUUGGCGUUUCCUUGGCGGAUGAAAUCUCUACACAGUUUGUGCUGCAGAAAUAUGACAACCCACUAUCAGAAAAGCUAAAUGAUAUCAUAAAUGAGUUGCGGCGUCAAAGAUGCUCUUAUCUGCGCUUCAAACUAUGCAAGCAAGGAGAUCCAUUAGGGGCAUUAUUCUACUCGUAUAUGGUAGAAGACAAGAAUGCCGGUGGCCCCUCCUACAUUGAGUUUCUUGUACAUGUCCAUCGUCAAAUCCAAAUCAAAAUGUCAUAAAUUCGGUUCUAUUGGCAAAUAUUUGCUCGUCUUUUAUGUGGGCAUACGGUGGCAUCAUCACAUGGUACGUUAGGGCCUAUUCUGUUGCUCUGUCGAGUUUUUAUAAAUAUUGAGCGGCAUGUACAGCUCCUUCGGAAGAACAACUGGAGAAAAAUCAUAGCAAAGACAUCGGCUUCAUUUUCAACAAGGCGCUUACCAUUUCGAUAGAUUGAUCGAUUUUUUUUUUUGUAGUACUAAGAGGAAUGGAAAUUUUGCUGAGAGAGACUCUAAGUUUAUUGAAUCUUGAUUCUGAAAUAACUUAUGGUGAUAGCACAUAUUUUGUGCAGGAUUGUUACCUAAAUUUUGAUUUUCUUUAUGUACUGCAAAUGGAAUCAAGAGGGGGUUUGAAUGCCUGGUUCAAUUUUCCACUCCAA